AUGACGCGGUCGAGAGUGUCGCGAUUGCCGCCGUUCAACUCGCAAUGCGAGUUGCCCAAGACGAGGCCCAGUUCUGCCCGGGAUUCUUUCGUCGAACAAACACUUGUUCGACGAAGGGUUGAGGCAAAUGAUAGAUUGAUGCGUAAUUACUUUUCUGAGAAUCCCACGUAUAAUGAAAGACUGUUUAGGCAACGUUUUCGUAUGUCGAAGCGUUUAUUUUUUAAGAUAAGUGGUGACUUGGAGGCGGAAUAUCCAUAUUUUCAACAAAGAUACAACGCGUCGGGAAAGUUGGGUUUCAGCGCCAUACAAAAGUGUACAUCCGCACUUCGACAGCUAGCAACGGGACAAACUGGUGACCUUUUCGACGAGUAUUUGGAGAUGUCAGAGAGGACUUCACGUGAGACACUUGAGAAGUUUUGUAGAGGUAGUAUUGGCUGCAUGCAUUGGGCAUGGGACAUGUGUCCCACAGCGUGGCGGGGCACACACACACGAGGUGAUGUCGGACACCCGUCGUUGAUGCUUCAGGCGGUUGCAUCUUAUGAUUUAUGGAUUUGGAACGCCUACUUUGGAAAACAAGGAUCAAACAACGACAUUAAUGUAUUCGAAUCGUCACCCGUUCUAGAGGAAAUCAUUUCCGGAUUAGCGCCUACAAAUAGGGAAGUACACAAUAUGCUGAAAGCGGAUUUGGUUGAUCAUCUAUGGGCAAACAGGAGGCGUGGUGAUGCACAACCCGACAACGACCCCGAGUUCAACAUAAUCGACUAUGUUAGCGAUGAGGAGUAG